GACUUUCAACCAGAGCAGACCACAAACACAUCCAGCGGCUCCUAAAAGCGACGCUAAUUUGCUCUUUUCCAGCAUCGCCGCUGUUCUGUUACUGUUAGCGGUAGCGUUAGCACGCUAACUUGUUAGCUCCGAUUUGCUAUUGAUUUUACUUUGGGGUGACGCGGCGAGAAAAGUGGGUUUAACUGUUGCCUGUGCUGAUGGUAUGUUUCAAAGCUGUCCCCUCGCGUUACUGACUUGCGUUUCUUCAUGUUACUAACAAAUGUAGAGGCAGUAGGUUUCGGUAAAUGCUUCCACAUCAUUAGCUAACUUCUCAAAGUUUACGUGCUAUGUGGAAUUCCUCUCUAGAACUACUUUAGCGAUAUUAGCGCAGUGCGGCUAUUCCUCAACGCAAACCUGCCGCUAAAUCUUUGGAGGACGGUGACGACUCGUGUGUCCCACUUUGCGGACUUUCGGCUAAUGACACCGUUAUGUCUUCCUCUUUGACAGCAGCUGGUAGAUAAGCGGGCAGCCGCACUCAAUGUCCAACAUUUGGGUGUGAACAAUGUCUCUCCUCCUAGUAUCCUUUCUUCUAAUCCUCCUGUCGGGGGUCGUGCUGUUACGUUUCCUGUUCAGAUGGCUGUUCUGCACCUUGGCGGUCCGAUUCUUCCGGGCUGCGCUGAACGCAGAGCUGAAGAUCAAAUCAGUAGGGCUGUUUUCCGUCAAAGGAGUCAGUAUCCAGUUUCACCCCCAGCACACUCUGGAAAUCGACAGGAUUUGGUUGUCGAGUAGACUUCUGAACCAGGACUUACCGCGAUACCUAGCGCUAUGCGUCGGUGACACCCGAGUCAGGUUUGACCUUCAAGUACCGCUGGGCCCACUGCUGAAGACUGGUCAUGGAAAAAAGACAAAGAAGACUUCAGUCAACCCCAAAACGCUCCGCUUUCUGUCCCAGCUGCUGUCCUUCCACGUCAGCUCAGUCAACGUGAUGGUGCUGAACCUGGCUCUCUCCGAGUCGCUGUGGCACAUGACGGUCACAGGCAUCACCUUGUUACUUGACCAUCAAAGUAAAAGGUUGGCGUGGGACUUCUCAGUGGGGCAACUAAGUAGUAAAGUUCUCAAAAGCAGCCAGUUGGAUAUAUGUUUGGCUGAGCUGGCCCUCAGCCUGCUGCUGUCGGGGGACGUGGCCCUACCAGAGAUGAGGCCAGGCUGCCUGUCCCUCAAUGUGAGGACGCUCACAGCAGAGCUGCAUGAGGGCUUGUUCCUCAGCCAGCUCCUGAUGUCGCCCAAGUCCCAGAAAAAAAAAGACCCUGCUGUAUCUGGUGAGCAAGAGUGCGACGACGCCGAAUUCAUCCGCACCGAGACGGUGGAAAAGUUUCACCAGCUGCUCCCCCACAACGUCAACGUGGAGUUCGACAACACAAACGUGACGCUGUCCAUGCACAGCCAGAAGAGACACCUGAAUUGGACUCUGAAAUCUUUGAAGAUGAGUUACGGACGUGACGACGAGCAGCAUCCCCUGAAGAGCUUCACUCCUGAGCUGAGCUUUCCUCAGAGCAGCCUGGAGCUCAUCCUGGAGGAUGGACUUCUUCUUUCUCAGAGCAGGCAGAGGAUCCUUUGCGUGAACACGCUGAAGACGUUCCUGCAGGUUACGUCCAUUGACAUCUCAGGGUCGUUCACAGUCAACACCUGCAUCGUGCACUAUCGCCACCAAGAGUUCUCCCAUUGGUUGAAUCUGUUUCCCUGGCAACAGCUGCUCCACAGGAAGGAAGCCCACAGAAAGAGUCCGUUAGAUUAUUUUCCCACCCUGGUCUUCCUCAGGCGUCUCCCCCACUUGGACGCUCCUGUGAUGAUCUCGUCCUCAGUGUCCAACGUCAACGUGUCCGUGCAGCUGGGGGACACCACGCCCUUCGCUCUGGGCUUCAUCGCCGCUAACGCAGAAGUGCAGCAUCUUCUCGACCUCAAGGUCGACAACGACAGCUCGGAUUCUCAGAACCUGCACCGGCGGGCCUCGCUGACCCUGGACAGCUUCUGGUGGAGAGUGGGUCAAGGCUCUCACAUCCAGCAGGCUCCUCACCCGCCGGGUAAACACGUGUGGGGCGAAGCGCUAAUUCUAGACACCUUAAGUCUCCAGGGGAGUUUGAACAGACCCCAGUCCGCCUGCAGCAGCCAGCCUCCCAGCCUGAACGUGGAGUCCAGUCUGAAGGGUCUCCAGGUGGAGCUGUCGGAGACCUGCGCGCUGUGCCUCUCUCGCCUCCUGUCCCUCCUGCGGGUUUCCGCUGACCCUCAGCCUCACCUGCCAGACGUGACGCCCGACUCGCCCUCUGGAGACGAAGCCGUCAAGUCAGGCCACUCCUCCUCACAGCCCGGCCUGCUUUUUAAACUGGACUGCUGUCUGGACGAUGUCAAUGUGUUCACAGUCUCCAAUGUGGCAGGAGCCGUGUCUCUGCGCAUGGACACCGUCAGCAUGCUGAGCUCCGCAGAGAGCUCCAGAGUGUCUCUCCAGGAGAUGAGCUUGUCUCUGGUGAAAACUCUCACUGAGAACAUGGAAGCGUGCUGCCCCGCCUCCCAGGCCCUCAACCCCAUACUCAAACUCACCGCAAUAACCGUCUGGUACCACGUCACCACACCCAGCCUACAGGUUCAGUGUGAAGACGAACUGGCUGUAGACUGGGCUCCACAGGACCACAUGGUCUUGUUCCAGCACAUGACUGAAGCUCAGGCCUGUUGGCGUAUGCUCCGUGGCGAACAGGAAGAGAACAGAGACGCCGUGCUGGGUCAGACCAGAAGCUUCUCCAUACGCCUGGAAAUGGGUUCGACCCAUUUGACGGCCCACGUCAGCGAGAAGAACUACAUCCUCCUGCACACCAAGGCCUUCUCCCUUUCAAAGCACGCCGGCUCCAUACACAUACGCUCCCCUCUGCUCAUCUUCAACUUCGACGGCAACAACAUCGUCUCAUUCAACGAGCUGGACGUGGAGACUCACGACGAGCUCACCGAGAUGCAGCUGCACAGGGACGCCUUCCCUUUCCUAGCCACUCCCCACAACCGAGUCUGGGUCCUCACCUGCCCAUCUCUGUCCGUGGAGUUCCCCUACCAGUACAACUUCUCCAAGACCUUUGACAUGGCCAUCGGCGUGCAGAAGUGGCUGAAGACUCUCCACCUCCCUCGGAGUUCUCCGCUGUCCGAGCAACGGCUGCCUCCCGACCUCGUGUUCAAAAUCAGCCAGUUCUCCUUCGUCUUCCUGGACGACGUCUUCGAAAUCAAGCUGAGAGACAACUAUGAGCUGAUGAAGGACGAGAGUAAAGAGAGCGCCAAGCGCCUGCAGCUCCUGGACAAGAAGGUGGCAGAACUCAGGAAGCAGCACGGAGAACUUCUGCCCGCCAGAAAGAUAGAGGAGCUGUACAGCUCGCUGGAGAAGAAGCACAUAGAGAUCUACAUCCAGCGCUCGCGCCGACUCUACGCCAACACUCCCAUGAGGAAGUCUCUGCUAACCUGGAACGUGUCGGACCUGGAGCUCGUCGCCCUGGCCGAUCAGUGUUUUCACGGUCCGGAGAAAGUCAGAGAGCAGCUGAGAGACAUCGACAGGAUCAGUCCCUUCCCCCGAGACGGGCUACCUCUGGUGGUUCAGUGGUGUCGUGCUGUCAAGUUUAAGCUAGGUGCUUUUUUGGUGAGAAUUCGAGAUUAUCCCCGCUACCUGUUUGAGAUCCGGGACUGGGAGCUGUCGGGACGUCUGAUCGGGACGGAGCAGGACGGUCAGGCGAGGGCUCAUCGCAAGCAGACCGUCCCGCUCGGAGCGCCGUGGGGAGAUGUGACGGUCCACAGAAACAUGCCUCCACUCAAGUUCUACUAUGAUUUCAAAUCCAACAUCUCUCUGUAUACCAUCGUGUGGGGGCCAUGUUGGGACCCUGCCUGGACGCUGAUUGGGCAGUCGGUAGACCUGCUGACCAAACCCACAGCCGAUCCGUCUCCCCCUCUGGCCUGGUGGGACAAAAGCCGUCUGCUCCUGCACGGACACUGGCUCAUGAACAUCGGGCACGCCAACCUGCAUCAGCUGGCUACCGAGGAUCCGUACAACACAACCGAGAACUUGCACUGGGAAUGGACCAAGCUGAACUUCGACUGGAAUCCUGGGGAGUUUGUGUUUAAAGGGAAUUUGGACGUAAACGUCCGGACGGCAUCAAAGUACGACGAUAUCUGUUUCCUGCAUUUGCCCAACCUCUGCAUGACCCUUGAUCUUCAGUGGCUUUGCCACGGCAACCCCCACGACCACCACGCGGUCAUGGUCUGCUGCACCGAGAACAUCGCGGACGUGACCUCGGGACAGCCUCACGACUCCUACCGAGCUUUUCGCUCUGAAAACCUCAACCUCUCCAUCACAAUGGACCUCAAUCAGAACUGCUCCACUGAACCUCCCGAGCCUCGAAUCUUGCUGUACAGCAGCACCCUGCGCUGGAUGCAGAACUUCUGGGCCACCUGGACCAGCGUGUCUCGACCGAUCUGCAGAGGCAAGCUCUUCCACAGCCUCAGGCCGGUCCGCAAAAAGCUGGGUCAGCACUACAAGCAGAUGUCCUACACGGCCGCCUUCCCUCAGCUACAAGUGCAUUACUGGGCUUCCUUUGCUCAGCAGAGAGGAGUCCAAGUGGAGUGCAACAAAGGUCACGUCUUCACUCGUGGGACUCAGAGACUCAUCCCACAGGCCGGCACUGUGAUGAGGAGGCUGAUCUCUGAGUGGAACGUGACUCAGAUGGUGAGUGAGCUGUCUCAGGUGACGGUUCACCUGAUGGCCUCCACCUGGGACGAGACGGCCGACCACCAGAUGAACGCUCAGGUGAAGAAGACUCACCUGCUCAGCCUGUCGUCGCUUAGCUACCAGCGGCAGAGCAACCGCAUGGAGGAGGAAGUGAACACAACAGAUGAAACAAAUGCCUCUUACACUCACAAACUGCGCCUGGUGGACCUCCGUGCGUCCUGGACGACCAUAAACAGAAACAUCGCCUUUGGGCUGUACGACGGUUAUAAAAAGGCGUCCGUGUUGAAGAGGAAUCUCUCCACCGAAGCUCUGAAGGGUCUGAAGAUCGACACACACCUGCAGACGAAGAAACUCAAGCGUUCCCCCUCCAACUACUCCCCGACCGCGGCUCUCGUCACUCCGGUCGUUCCCGCCGCCAAUCGAGUAGAGAAAAGUCAAAACGAAGGAACGUCGAUGUUGCAGAAGCUGAUCGAGGAGACGGACAAGUUUGUGGUGUUUUCCGAGGAGGACUCUGGAGUGAGCGACCAGCUGUGCGGCAUCGCUGCCUGUCAGACCGACGACGUGUUCAACCGUAACUGGUUCAUAGAGCUGGUCAACUGUCAGAUGAUGCUGCGCGGCACAGAAACAGCCGGCUGCGUGCUGGUGUCUGCAGCCAAGGCCCAGCUGCUGCAGUGCGAGCACCACCCAACCUGGUACAGCGACACGCUGAAACAGAAGACCACCUGGACCUGCCUGCUGGACGGCAUGCAGUACUUUGCCACCAUGGAGCUGAAUCCCUCUGAGCAGGAGGACCGGCAGCUGUGGCUGGAGGUGAAAAACAUUGAGGAGCACAGACAGCGUAACCUGGACUCAGUGCAGGAGCUGAUGGAGAGCGGCCAGGCGGUGGGAGGGAUGGUCAGCACUACUACAGACUGGAACCAGCCCGCGCAGGUGAACGAGUCGCAGCAGGUGCAGCGUAUCAUCUCGCGCUGCAGCUGCAGGAUGCACUACAUCAGCUACAGCCACGACAUCAACCCAGAGCUGGCCACGCAGAUCAAGCCUCCGGAGAUGAGGAACAACCACGAGAAAGAGGACCUGCUGAAAAAACAGGCGGGUGCCGUGGAAACGUUCACUCUCAUUCACCACGACCUGGAGAUUUCCACGAACCCGGUUCAGUACGCCAUGAUCCUGGACAUCGUCAACAACCUGCUGCUUCACGUGGAGCCCAGGCGCAAGGAGCACAGCGAGAAGAAGCAGCGGGUUCGCUUCCAGCUGGAGAUCUCCAGCAACCCAGAGGAGCAGCGCAGCAGCAUCCUGCACCUGCAGGAGGCGGUGAGGCAGCACCUCGCUCAGAUCAGACGCCUCGAGAAGCAGAUCUACUCCAACAUCAGGGCUCAAACCGACGAAGCGAACAGCGACGAACUGAUGGACAUCAACAUGCGGCUGCAGAACCAGCUGAACCAGGAGAAGAAUGACAUGCAGAUGAAGAGCGAGGAGCUCAACAUCCUCAUCAGGUGUUUUAAAGAUUUCCAGCUGCAGCGGGCAAACAAGCUGGAGCUGCGAAAGCCGCCAGAAGACGUGGGUGUGGUGCGCAGGACGGAGAUCUACUUUGCUCAGGCUCGUUGGUGUCUAACCGAAGAGGAUGGGCAGCUGGGCAUCGCAGAGCUGGAGCUGCAGAGAUUCAUGUACAGCAAGCUGAACAAGUCCGAUGACACGGCCGAACAUCUGCUGGAGCUCGGGUGGUUCACGAUGAACAACCUGCUCCCAAACGCAGCUUACAAGCGUGUGAGGGUUGUGCUUCGACCUCAGAGCAACUGCCAGUCGGGGCGACAGUUUGCCCUGCGAAUCUUCAGCAAAGUGCGCCCCCCGGUGGGAGGAAUCUCCGUGAAGGAGCAUUUUGAGGUGAACGUGGUGCCGCUCACCAUCCAGCUCAUGUACCAGUUCUUCAAACGGAUGAUGGGGUUCUUCUUCCCGGGCCGAAACGUUGAAGAGGAAGACGUCACGGAUGAGGAAGACAAGUCCAGAAUGGUCACUACUGCUAUCCCAGUCAAACCCCGGCCGCUGUCGGAGGACACCAUGGGCGCCAUGGGCCCCAGUAAGAGCAUCACCCAGGGACUGAACCGCACGGCAGGGGUCAGGAGGUCGUUCAGGAAGCCUCCAGAGCAUCCUGUGGAUGACAUCGAUAAGAUGAAGGAGAGAGCUGCUAUGAACAAUUCCUUCAUCUACAUCAAGAUUCCCCAAGUGCCUCUGUGUGUCAGCUACAAGGGAGAGAAGAGCAGUGUGGACUGGAAAGACCUGAACCUGGUUCUUCCGUGUUUGGAGUACCACAACAACACGUGGACGUGGCUGGACUUCGCCAUGGCAGUGAAACGGGACAGCCGGAAGGCCCUCGUAGCGCAGAUGAUAAAGGAGAAGCUGCGGCUGAAGCCGGCCUCCGUGGCGGAGCUGCGCGGGAAGGCGUCCGACGCCAAGACGGACAACAACCAGCAGCAGCAGGAGGAAGACGAGAAGGCCCGGCUCCUCAUCGGCCUCAGCACCGCGGACAAAAGCUCCAGCAAGAAGAGCAUCUUCAGCCGACGCAAGUGAAGAAAAAAAAAACCCCCACACCCCUCACUGUCGCAGCUCCCUCCGAGGGACACCCCAACGUCACUCCAGCUUCUGGAACCACGUUGGAAGAGCGGGCAAAGCUUCUCCUGCAGUUUCACUGCAUCACAUGAGCCUGCUGAACUUGUUUUCGAAGGAUCUCCAUGGAUAUCUGGAUGUCAAAAUGACCAAAUAUGUGGUUUUGUGUUUUUUUUUUGUUUUGUUUAUCUGUGUGCCAAUUAUAGCAUUUCAUACACUGGGCAGCUCUGAUUUACGAAAGCAUUUAACUGACAGAGCUCGGAAAUAAAUCGAGGAGCGGUAAAUUGGUAAAGCGAGAAAAUUUAAAGCUUAUCUCAUUAAAAUGAAACUUUGUCAUUAUAACGACACAAGUUUUAUGUGAAGCGAGAAACCUUCUCAUCUUAAUAUACUCGUUUUAGCGAGUUUGCAUCUAGUUAUAACAUUCUCGUUUUAAUGAGAAACUGAAGAAAGUCGUUCUUAUUAGCAAUAAAUGUUCUCGUUUGGCAUCUCAUUACAACUAGAAAGGUUCAUGUCUUACUUAACGAGAUAUUUUCUUGUUCUAACAAGAAACGUUCUCAUUUUAACGGGAAGCGUUUUCCUUUAACAGGAAACAUUCUCUUGACAACGUCUAAAAAUCCCAAGAGGUUUUGCUGUUUUACCAUUACAACUUUUCUUGUUAAAGGAGAAAAUAUUUUGGUGUAUAUAUAUAUAUAUAUAUAUAUAUAUAUAUAUAUAUAUAUAUACAUGUAUGUAUGUAUAAAAAAAAACACGAUGCUGCUCCUUAAUUUCUCUCCCAGCUCCGUCAGACUGAUGAACCGGAUGUAAUAAGUGUUUUGUUGCAUUGAACGUAGCGAGGCAGAUUCCUGCUCCUCUCCUGCUGGCUCAGGAACACCGCUGCAGAUCCACCACACACACACCCCCACACACACACACACCGCUUUCACUACUAACAGCUGGGAUUCCAUUCAUUUCAUGCUAAACCUAAAUUUAUCAGUGUAUAUUUUACCAUGUAUGGAAGAAGCUGAUCUGGGCUGCAUGACUGUCACUGACAUGAAGGCCGACAUGUUUUCGAUUUUUACUGCAUCACUCAGCCUGCUGUUUUACUUUAACUUACCUCAGUGCAAUUAAUCAAGAAGAAAAACAACAUCUUCGAGUACUUGAUGGUUAUGUUGAAAAGGAAAAAAAAAUAAAAAAUGAAGAGUGCGUCUUCUGUAAUUUUAACACUAAAGCACUUUUCAUGCAAAGUAUUUGAUAUUUUUGUAACCACGGUUGUUCUGUCACUUGUCUUGAACGUUUCGAUUAAAGAGUAACGCAACAGCGGCUGUGCUCGC